AUGGUAAAGAAGAAAGUCCCCAAGAUUCUGAAUGUAGCCUGUAACAAGAUUCCUACUGCCAAAUCCCUGGCGGCCAUCCUGUCAGCUCUCAUGGGACAGUUGACAUUCAGGGAAACAGCUAUAGAAUUCUCUCAGGAGGAGUGGGAAUGCCUGGACCCUGCUCAGAGGGCCUUGUACAUGGACGUGAUGUUGGAGAACUACAGGAAACUGCUCUCCCUGGGCGAGGUUGACAACAUAAGCAGCCACACAACUGCAAGUUUUUACCUUAAAACUGUUACAGCUAGUAAUUUUAAAAAGGCAGGAAGCAACAAUAGGCAGUUGAACGAGACGAGAAACACAGCAGGAUUUCUAAACCCGGAAGAAACACCUUGGGAGAUACAUGGAGGAGCUAGCAGGCCCCGCCCGGCUCCGCCGCCGGGACAUUAUCUCGCCGCCCCCGCGCGGCCCCUUGCGCAGGACCGACCUCUCUCCACGUCCCGUCCCCUAAGGGUCGCCCUCGGUACAGGCCCCGCCCCCAAGCCGCCCCGCCUCUUCUCUCGGCGCGCGCAGUUCCCCACAGACCCGGAAGCGGAGAAGGCAGACCGCAGGGCGCAGUGUGGGAAAUUGACUUCUAAAGACUCUUGCCUGAGGAAGAAGCCCUGCAGAGGAGGCAGAGGAAAGAAAGAGGGGUCAGGAAUGGCUGUUUCUCAGGCAAACCCUGGACUGUGAAGGGUGAGGUGAAAAAUAGCAAAAAGCCCAAAUCAGUUGGAAUGUGUCAAAGGUGCCAACAGAGGUAAGAGCUCAGAAAGGGAGAGAGGAAGCCAUGCCAUUAACAGUGUUUGGGAAACUCUCCCAAAGUGGGAGAGUUCUAAGGGGAAACAGAUGUUUGUUUCUUGUGAACUCAGAGGAAAUUUUUCUGACCUUUCUUUAAUGGCACUGUGAACUUUGACAUCUCUGAAGAUACCAAUCAUGCUAGACACUGAAUAUCACUCAAUGGGUAGAACAUAACAUCUAACACUUGUGCAUAGACAACUGGGUAUUGAAUUUUUAUUUGU